AUGUCAUUAUAUCAUUACAUUGUUGGAUCAGAAAGAACACCCUGUUGGCGAGCGCGCCCGGAACGUGACCCUCGCAUGAACGAGGCUUUAGUGUGCCUGCCUGAGCGGGCCCGGUUAGGGGGACCCCCCGAGCGCGCGAGGGAGGGGAGGGCACGGGAAUGGCAGAGCACUGCACAAAGCAGUGGACAAAGCAGUGGACAAAGCAGUGGACAAAGCACUGCACAAAGCAGUGGACAAAGCAGUGGACAAAGCAGUGGACAAAGCACUGGACAAAUGUGCUCAGCCCAGCCCAGAUUAAAUGGAAAUAUAUUCAAACUGCCUGUUAUGGCUGAGCAAGGCCAUGAGUCGAUGGUCUCACAGUGUCCAAAAUGA